UCACUAUAAAUGGCUGCUUCACCAAACAUGCUCUUUUUUUCCCUUUCUUCCCCAAUUUUCUCUCUCCUCUCCGCCGUCGAUCACAUUUUCCCGGCAAAUUCGCCGGCGAAAUCUCACCGUUGAUCUCGCCGGAAAAUUUCACUUUUCCGUCCUUCUAGGUGUUAAGUGCAAUUGGAGGGUGUCUGUUUGUGUGUGUGUAAAUUAAGGGUAUUGAGAAAAUAUGGAUGGAGUUGGGCUUAGGAAAGUGAGCUCUCAUACGUCGAUCUCUGAGAUGGAUGAUUAUGACCUGGCUAAGCUUCUUGAUAAGCCGAGGCUUAAUAUCGAGAGGCAGAGAUCGUUUGAUGAGAGAUCAUUGAGCGAGUUAUCAAUAGGUUUGAAUAGAGGGAGUGUAGAAAAUUUUGAACACCUUUACUCUCCUGGGGCAAGGUCGGGUUUUGAUACCCCUGCUUCUUCGACGAGGAACUCUUUUGAACCCCAUCCUAUGGUAGCUGAAGCUUGGGAAUCACUCCGACGAUCUUUGGUGUAUUUUAGAGGUCAGCCUGUGGGGACCAUUGCUGCUUAUGACCAUGCUUCAGAAGAAGUUUUAAAUUAUGAUCAGGUUUUUGUAAGGGAUUUUGUGCCUAGUGCACUAGCUUUCCUCAUGAAUGGUGAGCCAGAUAUAGUUAAGAACUUCCUGUUAAAGACACUGCAACUUCAGGCUUGGGAGAAGAGAGUUGACCGAUUUAAGCUCGGGGAAGGAGCUAUGCCCGCAAGCUUUAAGGUACUCCAUGAUCCUGUCCGAAAAACAGAUACUAUUGUUGCGGACUUUGGUGAGAGUGCCAUUGGCAGGGUAGCUCCCGUUGACUCGGGUUUCUGGUGGAUUAUUCUGUUGCGUGCGUAUACAAAGUCUACAGGAGAUAUGUCCCUGGCAGAGUCACCGGAAUGUCAGAAGGGUAUGAGGCUUAUAAUGACCCUGUGUUUGUCUGAGGGGUUCGACACAUUUCCCACCCUACUUUGUGCAGAUGGUUGCUCAAUGAUUGAUCGGAGAAUGGGAGUUUAUGGCUAUCCUAUUGAAAUUCAAGCUCUCUUCUUCAUGUCACUGCGAUGUGCUUUGUCUAUGCUUAAACAUGACACAGAGGGGAAGGAAUUUAUUGAAAGAAUAGUUAAGCGAUUGCACGCAUUGAGUUUUCACAUGAGAAGUUAUUUUUGGCUUGAUUUCCGUCAACUAAACGACAUAUAUCGCUACAAAACAGAGGAGUACUCUCAUACAGCUGUAAAUAAGUUUAAUGUCAUUCCCGAUUCAAUUCCGGACUGGGUAUUUGAUUUCAUGCCUACACGUGGUGGGUAUUUUAUCGGAAAUGUCAGCCCAGCAAGGAUGGAUUUCCGAUGGUUUGCUUUGGGAAAUUGUGUAGCCAUCCUUUGUUCUUUAGCAACUCCAGAGCAAUCUAUGGCUAUUAUGGAUCUCAUUGAAGCACGCUGGGAAGAGUUGGUGGGAGAAAUGCCUUUGAAAAUUGCGUAUCCUGCCAUAGAAAGUCAUGAAUGGCGGAUUGUCACGGGAUGUGAUCCCAAGAAUACCAGAUGGAGCUAUCACAAUGGAGGAUCCUGGCCAGUUCUUUUAUGGUUGUUAACAGCUGCGUGCAUCAAGACUGGUCGACCACAGAUUGCAAGACGAGCCAUCGAUCUGGCGGAGUCCCGUUUGCUCAAAGACGGCUGGCCCGAAUACUAUGAUGGAAAACUCGGUAGAUACAUCGGGAAACAAGCCCGAAAGUUCCAAACAUGGUCUAUUGCCGGAUAUCUCGUGGCAAAAAUGAUGCUAGAAGAUCCAUCACACUUAGGUAUGAUCUCCUUGGAGGAAGACAGGCUAAUGAAACCAUUGAUUAAGAGAUCAUCAUCUUGGACGUGCUGAGCCGAAGAAAUAAUAGGAAGUAGUACUGAAAGAUAAUACAAGGCUUAGAGAUGCCAAGUGAUUGUUAUUGUAAUUCGGGCGAUGUUCAUUCUUUGGCAAUUUUCUUGCCGUCUUAGCAUUGAUUGCAAAGUCUGGUUGUGUACAAUAGGUUUAGAUGGCUUCUUGUUUCGCAGGAAACUGCUUCUUUUCAUGUUUGUCACGUCAAACAUUUUUCCUCCUAAGUACCAUAAUUCAAUGGUUCCUUUCUCCA